AUGAUGUUUGCCUACGCGCUGCCCCUGAUGUUCUGGGGAGACGCGAGGCUAUACGCCGUUCACAUCCUCAACCGGAGCCCUACGCGAGCAACUGCAAAGAGAGCGUCACAACUCGAGGUGCUGACAGGCAAGACGUCGGGUCUGCGUGGAAUUGUCGUUUUUGGCUCCCAGUGCAGUGUGUAUAGAGACCCGCGCAAGAACGACGCGCCAGCAGUAGCAGUGGCGAACGAUGGUCGCACAGACAACAACAGGGCGACGCGUAAAAGCAGAAAGUGA